AUGCCUCAACGAUUUUGGGCUUCCAGCAUCAUUACCGCUUCCGGCCCCACUGAGCAACGACAAACGUCAUCUGUCAAGUCUCCCUCGCCCGUGCGCCAGCGUAUUUGUGCCAACGGUAACUCACCUACCUCGUGCAUCGCCCUCACCGUUGCUAACACGAUCUCAUUUCUCGUCCAGCGUUUCCGUCCUCGCCUUGAUAUACGGUACGCCUUUCACCCCUCCUCGACUGCAAUCUCUGCCCCUGACCCCCCUAUCCCCAAAGCACCUGCGCACAACGUCACCCACGACACCGGCCGAAGAUGUAGCGAGGAGGUGAUCAACUCUGACACUACUGGUACUGCUGAUCGGAACUCUGUUGUCCCUGAAACUGGGAUUGACAUUGAUGCAGAGCCAAUCGACCUCACGAUGGACACAGAUUCGGACGACGAAGAGCCUGAGGAAGACACCUGCAUCGUAGACCGUCCUCUACAGAAGCAAGACCUACGAAACAAAGCAGUCUAA